ACUGUACUCCGUUGUUUAACAUUAAAUUAAAAUUGAAAAAAAAACAAAGCGUAUGGGCCACCUCACUUUGUCACUGUGAAAAUUACUCUCCCCUCCUCAGCCCCCUCCAAAGUACUAUGGUAUGGAGCAAUUUGGCUAAAUUCUGAUGAUCUAGAAAAUCAAGAGAGAAGGAUUUUCCCCUGAGUUCCCCAAAUUUAUGAAGAGAAAUUAGUUGUUACUCAUUGAAGUGGGCACAUGAUUGCCAGUGUACUUCUCCAUAAGUAACUUUGAUUUACUUAAAGUACCUGGCCUCUGUUUUGAACACUGGGUCAUGCUGUAUUUAAUCCAAGCCAUUGUGCCUUGCAUCUUGCAUUGUGUUUUUGCCCUGUUCUUAUUUAUUCAUCUAAGAGGCAUUUAUGUCAAUGUAUUAUAAAAGCUGUAUUUUGGUCUCCAAUUUCCUUUCUUCUCAGUCUCAUGGGACUGAAAGACUCAGACCCUGAGAAGCAGAGUCAUGCUGUUUCCACCUCUCUUAAGGAUCAGUCAUGAACAUUUAGGAGUAAUGUGAUGGUUGGGACUGUUCUCUGCCUCCUGUUAACAAAUGGCUCUUGAUACUCCACUGUGUCCAGAGGCAGUAAGACAUGGGUAUGCCCUGACUCAGUAUAUUUUUCCUCUUCAUUCAAGAUUUUUGUACUGUUUUGAAAAGGAGGAGGUGGAAAUAGCAUUGUCUAUAAGAAGCAAACAGAGCUUGGAAGAGGCCAGUGGUAAAAGAUAGGUACCCAAGGACAAUUUGGGAAAAGGAGGUGAGAGUUCUGUGUCCUUCCUGUUUUUUCCCUUUAUCUCUAGAUACUGGGGAGAGGGGGUCAUGUUGUUUACCCUUUUCUACGCAACGUAGAUCUUUAUGGUCUGUAGAGCAUAUCUGUAGAUGGAGUGGAGCGCUACCAUGCUCUGCCUAGACCUUGCUUUCUCAGAGCUGUCCCUAGAUAUUCUGUAGCCCAAGACAAGGAUCUCUGCUGUCAGAUAUGGAACUAUAAGACUUUCAGGAUCAUAUGCAGUAGUGUUUGGGGGAAAAGAGAGGAAAAAUAAAUCUCAGAUGUUGAACAGAAAGAAUUCAACAGCUUUUGUUUGUUUGUUGUUUGUUUGUUUGUUUGUUUGAAAGAUACUGCUUGUGCUGGAUGCCAAGUGUGUGGAUUCAGCUUCCUUCUGGAACCUGGACAGGUUACCCCUGGGAAACCUUGCAUUGUGCCUGGCCCUGCAGAGAACAUGGAAGGAGAGAGCAUCUAUGAGAUUGAUUCUGAAGAUGGGGUUGGAGCUGAUAUUAUUUCUACAGUUGAGUUCAACCAUACUGGAGAACUGCUGGCUACUGGGGACAAGGGAGGUCGGGUAGUUAUAUUCCAAAGGGAACCUGAGAGCAAAAAUGAGCCUUACAAUCAGGGUGAAUACAAUGUUUACAGCACUUUCCAGAGCCAUGAACCUGAAUUUGAUUAUUUGAAGAGCUUGGAGAUAGAGGAAAAAAUAAACAAGAUCAAGUGGCUACCACAGCAAAAUGCAGCCCACUCUCUCUUGUCAACAAAUGACAAAACUAUCAAAUUAUGGAAAAUUACUGAACGAGAUAAGAGACCAGAAGGAUAUAACUUAAAAGAUGAAGAAGGGAAACUUAAAGAUCUUUCUACAGUAACAUCACUACAGGUGCCUGUGUUGAAACCUAUGGAUUUAAUGGUAGAAGUCACUCCCAGGAGGAUCUUUGCUAAUGGUCACACCUAUCACGUCAACUCAAUUUCUGUCAACAGCGACUGUGAGACAUACAUGUCAGCUGAUGAUCUCAGGAUUAACCUCUGGCACUUAGCAAUCACAGACAGGAGCUUCAACAUUGUAGAUAUAAAGCCAGCCAAUAUGGAGGACCUGACGGAAGUGAUUACUGCCUCUGAGUUUCAUCCCCAUCAUUGCAAUCUCUUCGUCUACAGCAGCAGCAAAGGCUCCUUGAGACUCUGUGACAUGAGGGCGUCAGCCCUCUGUGACAAACAUUCCAAACUUUAUGAAGAACCAGAAGACCCCAGUAAUAGAUCAUUUUUUUCAGAAAUUAUCUCCUCUGUGUCAGAUGUCAAAUUCAGUCACAGUGGCAGAUACAUGCUGACAAGGGAUUACCUCACUGUCAAAGUUUGGGAUCUGAACAUGGAAACAAAGCCUGUAGAAACAUACCAAGUCCAUGAUUACCUUAGGAGCAAGCUGUGUUCCCUUUAUGAAAAUGACUGCAUCUUUGACAAGUUUGAAUGUGCGUGGAAUGGAUCAGACAGUGUCAUAAUGACAGGUGCAUAUAACAACUUCUUUCGAAUGUUUGACCGAAACACCAAACGUGACGUUACUUUGGAGGCAUCCCGGGAGAGCAGUAAGCCCCGAGCUAUUCUGAAACCCCGCCGAGUCUGUGUUGGAGGCAAACGAAGGAAAGAUGACAUCAGUGUCGACAGUUUGGACUUUACGAAGAAGAUCUUGCAUACAGCAUGGCACCCAACUGAGAACAUAAUUGCUAUAGCAGCGACAAACAAUCUGUACAUAUUUCAGGAUAAAGUGAACUCAGAAAUGCACUAGGUUUAUCAAUAUCCCCCUGUAUUUAUAAGCCAGCCUUUUGAGAGUUGUAGAAGGACGUGACCUUCGCAAAAGUGUGGUCGUUGUGGUGGAAUUUGUAGAAUCCAUCCCUCCACCCUUCACCCUGUAUCAUUGGUGGCAACCAACAGUUUUAAAUCACUGCAACUAUGUAAUUAUACAAAUACUACUACAGAUUCAGUACUUUGGUCUAGAUCAGUUUUUUAAACAAUCAGGGGUAUUCAUUUGGGAACUGUUCCUGUUAGGUGCUGAGUACCUUCCACUCUGGUUAACUCUCAGAGGAACUCAGUGCUUCAUAGGACCAGGGUCUUGUGCUGCUGCAUUCCUCUGCAGCCUUCAAGGUUUACCACAUUAUUAGAGCUUUUUACACUAGGCUCUUGAUUUCUUCAGUAAUGCUUUACAGGCUUUCAAAGUGACAUGGACUUAUUUCUCAGUGAAUAGCUCCAUCCCCCUUAUAUCACAGCGCAGAGAAAAAAGAUCUUGACAGUUACUAAACUGGAAACAAAAUAAAUUAUUUCCCUUAAUAACAAGCAAAAAAGUUCCUCCAGGUCCACCUGCCAUAUUUCCAUCUCUAGUGUUUUGCCCUCCCUCUGUAGGAGUGCCGGAGUUCCACAAACACUUUUACAGUUUUUUUACGUCUGCUAAAAAUCCUGACUUUGUAUUUCAACUUUCUGAUUAAAAAAAAUGAAUUACUGUAGAUUUAUUCAGCUUCUUCUUAUAAAAAGCAAUUUACUCUGCAUAUACAUUUCUAUUCAAUCAGGCUGUAGAUGUAAAGAUACCAGUUACAGUGGGUGCUAUUUAAAAAUUCAAUACUUGCUACUUCCUGGUUACAUACUAUU